AUGGCAAAGCGAAAGCAAGGAUCCGGCAAAGCGAAGCCUGAGAAGCCAGAGGACAAGGCGGAAGAGCCACAGGCAGAGGCAAAGGAGGAGGAGGAGAAAGCGCCUGAGAAGGAGGAGCCGCCCCAGGAGGCACAACCGGAAGCAGCUGCUGAGGAGCAGAAGCCAGCAGAGCAGCCGGAGCAGACAGAGCUGCCGGAGCAGCCGGAGCAGAGGGAGGAGGGGAAGCAGCUGGAACAGUCAGAGCAGCCGGCACAGACAGAACAGCCGGAGCAGACAGAGCAGCCGGAGCAGACAGAACAGCCGGAGCAGACAGAGAAGGCAGACACAGUGGAACCGGAACAGGAGCUGGCGGACCCCUUGAGCAGCGAGGAGCGGGAGGCGCUCACGCGGCUGCGCAUGCACGAGCCGGAGGUGGCGAAGCUGCGCGCGGAGGCGGCGGAGCUGCGGAGGAAUGGGUCGCAGAGCGGCCCGGAGCUGCGGAGCUUCUGCGAGGCGGCGAGUCGCGUGGAGGCCACGCUGCAGCUGGAGGAGGCGCUGCUCGAGCGAGAGGCGGUGAGUUCUCAAGCUGAGUGGCCUGCACAGGACCUGAAGGAGGCGCGGCGCCUCAUGUCCGCGCUGGACUCCUGGGAGGCCGCAUUGAUGAAAGGGAAGGCGGUGCUUUCCAUGGAGGCGGAUGGAGGUGCCAUUUGCAGCAGCCUGGGCGCAGUGCUGGACAGCUUCCGACAGCUGAAGCAGGCGGAGAGCCAGGCGCAGGCGGGCGACUGCGCUGCUGUGCAGCACGCGGACAUGGGCAUCGCCGGCAAGGCUGGUGGCAUUUGGAUUUGGUCACAGAUUUGA